CACUUCGUCAUUACUCUUGUGUUCACUGUUCACUGCAACGUCCAGCAGUCCAAUCUGCAGCUCACUUGGGCCGCCAUGUCGAGUCCUACACUUCUUCGCUCUCUGCGGCCUUUCACGCAAUGCUCACGCUCAACGCACCUCGUCUCCCUCGACGUCGCCCGACCACGCGGGGCCUUGUCUUUCGUUCGCGCAAAGUCCUCGAAAGCGGCAAAAGUACAGGCAGCCAAGAACUCAUCUGCGGCAUCACGCGCACCUUCAACGAAAGCACAAGCCUCGACGACGUCGACGAAUACUGCGAAGGCGGAAGUAGCUGCAGAGUCGACGCCGGGAGCACAGGCGUUGCGGAGCGGGACGGGGAAGGUCACAGAGGCUGAGCAGGAUUCGCUGCCGUGGGCGGACUACCUUUCUAUCCGGAAGAAAAAGCGAAGAUGGGAGACGGCUAUGACGAUCCCGUUCACCCUUGGUGGGUUUGUCGGAGGCAUCAUGUACUUCGGAAACCUCGACGUGGACCCUGCGAAACCCAUAUUUCUCAUCGAAGCUCGUGACCGCGAGUUCUACCAACACAUCGUGAAGAACCGGGUAGACCCGACUGCACAGAGUGCGACGAACCCUGUUCCAGACUUUUAUGGUGCAGUACAAGAAGAAGCAUACUUCUCCGAGGACGCUUAGACUACACGUCAUCCUCACGAACGGUUCACACUGCAUAUGCUACUAUUCGCAUAUUGACAAGGGUUAGCCUGACAAUCUAUCCAUUGGUUCCCUUUGCGCAUGGUUCUUGAGGCAUCCGAGCACGUAGAUGCACGGUGUAUACUAAUUGUGAUUACAGCAAAUUACAA